GCGAGGAGCCGGGGUGGAGCCUGGCUUCCCCUCCAGCGUCCGGCCGCGCCCGUCCUCAGGGCUGCGGCUAGAAGCCGGGCUGCCGUUGCGGCCAACGGGAUCGCUCCCUGCGGUGCUCUGCCACGGUGGAACUGGACACACUGAGCUUCAGUAGCCGGGUCGCCAGCUUCCUUUCCCUUGCGGGGGCGUCGAGCUCGCGCGUGCGCCGCGAGAGAGGGAAGAGGGCCGGGACCCCCGGUUUACCCUACGCUGGGCGACCGGACAGCCCGGAGGUGAAUUGGGAUGAGCUUCCCAGCUCUGCGACUCCGCUGAGGGAGACGCCUGGGAGCAGAGGGUCGCUGGCCCGCCGCAGUGCGUGAGGCCAUGGCGUUCCUUUCCGGGCCGCGCCUGCUGGACUGGGCUAGCUCGCCACCGCACCUGCAGUUCAAUAAGUUCGUACUGACUGGCUACCGGCCGGCCAGCAGCGGCUCGGGCUGCCUGCGCAGCCUCUUCUACCUACACAAUGAGCUGGGCAACAUCUACACACACGGUAGGGCUAGCCCUGCUGGGCUUCCUGGUGCUUGUGCCAAUGACCAUGCCCUGGGGUCAGUUGGGCAAGGAUGGCUGGCUGGGAGGUACACAUUGUGUGGCCUGUCUGGUCCCCCCUGCAGCCUCUGUGCUGUAUCACCUCUUCAUGUGCCACCAAGGAGGCAGUCCUGUGUACACCCGGCUCCUUGCCCUGGAUAUGUGUGGAGUCUGCCUUGUCAACACUCUUGGGGCCCUGCCCAUCAUCCACUGCACUCUGGCUUGCAGACCCUGGCUUCGUCCAGCCGCCCUGAUGGCUUACACUGCACUGUCAGGUGUGGCUGGCUGGAGAGCCCUCACUGCCCCCUCCACCAGUGCUCGGCUUCGAGCCUUUGGUUGGCAAGCCGGGGCCCGCCUACUGGUGUUUGGGGCCCGUGGUGUAGGACUGGGCUCAGGGGCUCCAGGCUCCCUGCCCUGCUACCUGCGCAUGGAUGCAUUGGCAUUGCUUGGAGGGCUGGUGAAUGUGGCACGUCUGCCAGAGCGUUGGGGGCCCGGUCGCUUUGACUACUGGGGGAACUCCCACCAGAUCAUGCACCUGCUCAGCGUGGGUUCCAUUCUCCAGCUCCAUGCUGGUGUUGUACCUGACCUGCUCUGGGCUGCCCACCAUGCCUGUCCCCCAGACUGAGCUGUCUCCUAGCUGCCAAACCAGCUUGCCCACAGCUUCCUGAGACAAAUAAUCCCAUCUUCCCUCCUUUGCUGAUCUGCAAGGGGCUGGUUCCCUGGAAGAAGCAGCACAUGGGACUUCCGAUCCGGGAGACCACUCUUCAUUCCUCCCAGUGGAUUAAUCUCUCCCUGCUAACUUCCCUCCAGGCACUGUUUUACUGUCAGCUAGAAGGAAAUCGUUCUUUGAGCUUCAGUUUACCCUGUUUGACCCGUGAGAGUCUCUAAAUUCAUGUCUGACAGUGAGUCUGGCCACUUUUCCAAGUCUCCAGCCCGGAACCACUGCUCAUAUCUUGCCACUCCCACAAGAUACUUCCUGGAUUCUUGAACUAGCCUCUCUGCUCCUGCUUCCUGACCUCCAUCUUUCUGCCCUGCAUGCCAAACCUCUCAGCAGCCAGAAUUGUACCUUUCCUGUCAUUCCUGAAGUCAGGAUGCAGGGCAGUGGGACCAGGCCCUUCUCUCAGGACCAAGUGGGCAUUGGUCCUGCUUGUAUUGUCUGGCCAAGAGACAUGAGAGGAGCGGCUGCUUUCCCUAGGCAACAGGCACAGAUGUGGAAUAGUGGCUUUGGAUACAGGCCUCACUGGCCCAAGGACUCGCCUUCAGUGCCAUGGUCUGACUGACUGACCUGCCCACCAGAGACAUGUUUGCUCAGGAAAUUGCUAUACAGUGCGUGGUUCUAGUCUGCUGGCCAAAGGCCACUCUAGCAGAUGGUCACCUCAUAGCCAGAUCAUCCCAGAGGCCUAAGACCCUAGGCAACAUCAAUAAAGGGACAAGAAGUGCUAUGUAGCCACAUGAGCAACCUUGGGUGUUCCCAAGAUUCAUUACUUUUUAUUAGAUACAGAAGUUUCCGGAGGAGAGGUAGGAAAGGGGGUCAGAAAUUUAAAAGCACCAAGGCUGGGCCUGUGGCUCAGGCUGGGUCUAGUGAGUCCUCAAACAGGCUGAGGAGGUUCCGUGGCUCAAAGGUAGGACAGGGACCUCUAGGAAGCUCUGAGUCCAUGUCAGUUAGGUCUAGGGCAUCCCUUUGGGGAGGAAAGAAAAAGAAAUAGGAUGUUAGGUCCCAAAGUCCACUGUCCCCAGGCCUAGGCCCCGGGCUUGCUCACCUCCUCACCUUGGUUUGUACCUGCCUCGAGGGGUAGAGGUUCUUCUCGUGAUCCGGGACAGGAUGGUCUCUGGGGAGAGUGAGGGACUACAAGAAAGGACAGGUCAGCAGGGUGUUAGGGUUGAGGAAGGUAGGACCAAGACAGUUCUGAUCCUACUUGGUUCCAGGCCCCUGCUUGGUGAAGCUAGAAGGCCGUAACUGAAACAAUAAACACACACUGGCAGCUGUCAAGUCUUCCUAUCUGACCACAUUCAGGGGUCAUUUCUGUUCCUUUUCAGGUUCAACUGAGUUGGAUGUCAAAUUUUGGUAAAUGAAGCUUUUCUACCAUUUUGCUAUGUUACAAAGAACCUUCCAAGUGAGGGAAACGGCACUAUAAAGAGGGAUCCUGAGAGUGUAUGCUGCUUCUUUGUAGCAGUUUCUAAUUACACCCUUUCCCUUGGCUAGCAGACACCUGGGACAAAGGGAUCCUCUCAGGACAGGACUUACCAGGUUCUGGGAAGUAUCCACCCAGGGGAGGACAGCACUUUGUUCCUGAACAGGGGGAGCCUCUACAGAGGUCAGGACUGCAAUCCUGUGCUAAUAACUGGUAUAAAGCUGUGCUGAAUGUCACAGUUGCCCACAUCCACACAGCCAGUCUUUGUCCUUUGGGUGUGACAGAGUCCCAUCCAUCCUCCUUUCCAGGGGGCCUGGGACGCCUUCCAUGUAGCACUGACCACAGUGAUGUACAUACACACACCCUCUACCCCAAUGCCCUAGACUCUCACCCACCCUAUGCUGUCAUCAUCCCAGCUGGAGAUGCUGCUGUCCAGGAGUGGGCUGCAAGGUGGAGAGCCAGGCGGUGUGGCCGGUGGGCCUGGAGGCUGCAGCCAGCUGGCAGGAUGAGCCAGACCAUGCCAGAACCAGCAGAGCAGAGUGAUCAGUGCCUAAGGGGAAAGGGAGCAUCAGAAAUCAAGCCCUGUGACAAAAAUCACAGCACUUGGAGUCUGAGGUAGGAAGAUAAUGAGUUCAAGGACAUCCUGGUCUAUACAGUAAGUUAAAAGGGAGACUAGGUAGAUCCCCUGAGCAAGGAACAGUUGGAGUAUACCAGUAAGCACCAUAGAGGCUUACCUGUAACAGGGCCCAACCUCGACUUAGGGCUUCUGCAGCCGUAUACCACAGAACAUUCCAGGGACGUGGCUGCCUCAGCAUGGGCAGGGCCAGCAGGGCCUCAGCUGUGGCUCGCAGCUGGGGGUUAGGCUCCAACAUCAUGGUGAGGACAGAACGAAGCUCAGAAGACAGACCUGUUCAUGAGGCAGAGCCAUGCAUGUCACGUAGCUCAAUGGUGUCCCUACUACUAGCCACCCCUUGCCAGAGAAGCUGAUAGUAGUUGGCGCAUUUCCUGAGCCCCCACUCACCAGCAGUGAACUCAGGGGGCAAGUAUCCCUGGCGCAGCUGCUGCCAGCCCUCCCCACUAUGGGGUAGUUCCAUGUUGCAGGCCACUUCCAAGAUGGUGAGACCCAGGCUAGUCAGGUCAGGGCAUGAAGAAAAAGAGAGGCAAAGUCAGCUUUGUGACAGAGAUCCCAGUCCUAUGCAGCAUCUUGGUAAGAAAAGGCUGCUCUUUUCUCCCAUAAACCAUGAACUUAGUGUAAAAGGGGUGAGGAGCUUUGAGGAGGCCUCUAGAAGGCCAGUGAGCAGCAGUCAAGAUGGAGACCUUGCUGUGAAGCAGAGACCACACACUUAAGCAGUUAGCAUGUUGCAGUGGAGGUCCAUCAGAACCCCACUGGCAUGUAAAUUAGUUUCUAUGAAUAUUAGGGUUACACCAUCAUUCUGUAGAAAUAACCAGACUACAACUGAGGCAGAGUAGUAGUAGCCAGUGUGGACUCAGAACCCUGGGUAGUCUCAGAUGCGGCCCUCAAUCUCGCUGCACCCUCCUCUUCCAGUGCUGGGGCAUACCCACAGAGCUGCUAGCCAAGCAGAUGGCCAGCCUACAGUGUAAAGGCUUCUAGAGGGUUUGUUGCUUACUCUAGUGACCCUCAGCUAAUGGGCAGGGGCAACACCUCCUAGGCCUGAAUGCCUUCCUACCCUAGUAGCAGGAAAGAACUCCUCUGUUGGGCAGUCCCCCUUUCUGUUGAUCAGUCCUCAAUAAGGGCCUCAUAUAGUCUUUCAUGACCUCGCCACAUCCCAGCCUUACCUGAACACAUCUGCGGCUGUCCCGUAGGAGCCCUGCAGCAAUUCUGGGGCCAUGUAGCGUGGGUCUCCCUCCUGGGCCUCACCAGCGCCAGUUGAACCCAAAUCCACCAGUAGUCCAAAGUCACCCAGCUUGCAGCGGCCCCGGGGCCCCAAGAAGAUGUUGGCAGGCUUGACAUCAAGGUGAACUAGGCCUUGACUAUGGAGAUGAUCCAGAGCCAGAAGAGUGUCCCGCAAGUAGCCCCAAACCUGGGCUUCUGGCAGGCUGGC